AUUAUGUCCAAUAGUGUUGUCAAAAGAACAGGUAUUUCGCAACUAAGUAGGUACUAAAACAAUGAAAACAUUGCAGUACCAGCUUUUCUUAAGUACCGGUGGUACCGAGUACCCGUCAACCCGGUUCUUGAUGCGCUAUCCAAAAGGUGCGAAAGGAGACAGGCGACUUAAAAGGAGGAAACAUCAAACUAACAAAACACCUUAAAGACCGACACCCGGAUCAAAUGAAAGAGUUAAAGCAGAUUGAUUGCAGUGACCUGGAAGCUAUCGAGUCAGCUGAGCGGGCAGCGGGUCCUGUCAAUCGCCACGUGCCUGUCAUUCAAAAACGGCCGCCAGCAUGGAAACUUUCGGUUUCGAAACUUUCUUUUUCUUUCGAGGAGGGAAACGAGUUACACUGAAAGAUGAUGACGUGUAUGGACAAGAUAUGCAGGAUUUUUCAGGUCAAUGGCAGUAGUCUGUACAUUACAGAUGAUGCAAACACUGCAAUAUUCCCAGAGCCAACAGGACGAUUUUGCACCAUCAGUCUUUCACAUCGCGGUCAUUACGAGGUCCAUGGAGAUUCAGAUCAAAGUCAGCCCCCUGCAAGUAGAGCCCUACACACUGCAGGUGUUCCUUUUGCCUUCAUGCGCCGACCUUCAUUUUCUGCUUCCACUGAAAACACCAGGAGCUUCACCUGGAACUCCACGGGCUGGUGGCCUGUUCCCAGCAAGAUCGUUCCAAAGGUCAAUCCAUAUUGCUGAAAUAGUGAAUGAAAAGUUAAGUACUUCAAGGACAGUGGUCAUUCGCUUUUUGGAAGCUGAUGCAACUGUUGAAGGAAUAACAUCAAAGGUGAAGGAUGCCUUAAGCUGUCAUGAGCCACUUACCCUCACAGACAGCCAAGGAAACGAAAUAACUGACUCGGAGGCCACAAUAAGCUCCCAUUACUGGAAACAGAACUCCAGAAAAAUCUAUGCCAUCCCUGAACAAGACUUUGUGGAGUUCCAGAAUGGAAGAAGAGCUAAAGUAAGUCGAAGGUCUGAAGACGGUUCGAGAUUACAAGAGGUCAUUGCUAAAAUUGACCAACUAAAGCAAGGUGCCGAGGGCCACCAAAACAUCACUUCAGCAAUAAACCAGCUGUCUGAGCUUGCUAAGACCAAAACCACAGCAGUAAUGUCAAAUGACUCUCUGUGCCAAAUGAAGGAUGCCUUCACCUGUCUUGUUUGUAAAGGUAUAUGUAAGAUAUGUAGUAGUGGGUACUUGUACAGUCAGUUAGUUCAGUUAAUUUUAUUUCAUGUUGAAAGUAACUGUAAUUUUCAGCAUCAAUCAUUUCUUUGUUUAAAGGUGCUGAUGCUAAUGACAUCAACAGGAACGAGCUCACAUGAUGAUGAAGACACUUAAAUACACUGUGUUUUCCACCCACUGGCAACCCGCGGUGCAGAAAUACAAUUGGGUAAACUGGCAGUGGGCAGGUUUCACAAACCAUAACAAACACAGACAAUCCGGGCCGGAAUGCACAUUUUCAAAGGAGAAUAACUGACUUUUUCAGAUAAACAAGUAUGUUAACUUAGCAUGUUUCUUAAAUAUCUGCAAACAUAUUAUGGUAUUUUUAUGCUUUAGUAGAGUCAAAAUCCUACAUACAGCACCUUUAAAACCUUACAGCUCUACUGUCGGAGCCCAUGUUUGCCAUAUGUUUCAAGUCUCUGGUUGGAUGCCGAACAUGUGUGGAGCAGUGGCUGUUAAAUGCCGAUAACCGUCUGAAAUGCAGGGCAGAAGAGUUCAAUACCAAGGUGCAUCAGGUUAAGGGUCUCUCUGAUGUCCUGCCUUUCUUCAGUGAGAUAUAAAUGGAAUAAGUCAUGCAUCAUUGUUUCAGUAAGGAUGUUACCCAUGUUACGGCUGUUAAAUUCACUGAUCAGUUCUCAAAAAAAGUUGUAGUGUAAUGUUGGUAUAAUAAGCUGCAACAUCCUGUUUAAUGUUUAUGGGUAGAACACUAGCUGGUAAAUGCAAUUAAGUUCAAGGAAGUUAGUGUUACAGUAUCUACAUUCAAUCUGAUGAGAUUAGUUUUUAGGCAAAAGCCCAGUUUGUUUACAAGAACACAAAAAAAAAUAACAGAGACUUUUAAAAGUGGA